CCUUAUCUUGUUACCCUAGUCUCCUCUAUGCACAACAGCCGCCAUCAAACCAAAUCUCAUCUGUCUGUGUUUAUCUCUUCACCCUCACGACGUCAAGUGUUCUUCCCUGACUCCGGCAACAUCACACACCAGCAGCGCACCACCACCUAUCUCCACCAAAGAUGCAAUCGAUGCCCUGGAAGUCCACCUUUUCCGUCACCGUUGUCUGCCACUUCUACCUUCUGUCAAGACGAGUAGCCCUAACCCUAUCCUGCCGCCACGAUCAACCACCUUCUCGUAUUAUCGACGCCCUGGGAGUCCACCGUUUCGUUCGAUUCUUAGCAAACCACAACGAUCGGAUACAAAAUGUGCUGAUAAGCUUUCCCCUUCUCAAUAUCGGUCUCGUAGAGGAAAAUGUUGAGCUACCAACACAGUCAUCAGACAAGCCAGAGGAGGUUGUUGUGACCAUAUUUGCCAAGGGAAUUGCAGCUAACCGUGUGUCUAUCAAUUAUGGGGAGCAAAUAAUAAGUGUAACUAUCGAUGUCCAUGGGGAAGAUUCUUACAUUUUCCAGCCUCGCUUUUUUGGGAAGAUAGUCCCUGCAAGGUGUAGAUUUGAAGUUCUGUCAACCAAAGUUGAAAUCCAGCUUGUAAAAGCGGAACCUAUUCAGUGGACAUCUCUUGAAUAUGGUAAUAACAAUUUGGUUGCACAAAGGAGCAAUGUCUCUUCAGGUAAUCAAAGACCUGCAUAUCCUUCCUCCAAACCAACCAAAGACUGGGAUAAGCUUGAAGCCCAAGUGAAAAAGGAGGAAAAAGAUGAAAAACUGGAUGGGGAUGCAGCUCUUAACAAGUUCUUCCGUGAUAUUUACAAAGAUGCAGAUGAUGAUACAAGAAGGGCCAUGAGGAAAUCUUUUGUUGAGUCGAACGGGACAGUGCUGUCAACAAACUGGACAGAGGUGGAAGUAAAUGAAUCAAAUGAAAUAUGUCCAUCAAUGGAAUCUGAUUUCCAAAAUGCUUCCUGA